AGCGCCCCCUUUGGGAGGUCAUUGCCAGCCAUUGGAGACUAUCCUGCCAACUUACCAAGAAGGCGCAAUCAGUGUAUGAAUUGUGGAUGAACUGCUCCAAAGAGGCAGACCCACUCAAGAGAUCAGUUAGGGAUAAGGAUAUCCCCGCUCCGGGUGAACCGUGGUAAUACGAGGAACCCCUCCUCAACCACACCCGAUCACCGAUAGCUUCAAAGAUCACCCGUCUGUCUUCCCAAGCAAGGCAGACCGUCUUCCCACCGACCCAAGGCAUUUGCGUAUGGCCACAUGGACUGGGGCGUACCCCUCUGCCAAUCAAGGCCACAGCCCAGAUUGACUCUCGGACGGACUCUGGCCAUCCACCGAUGCAAUUUGAGGAUCACGAGCCCGUCAGGCCACAUGGCAUGUCCCGUAGAUAGGCGAGUCGAAUGGCGUUGCCUACGGUGGGUGGCGUCUUGGUUAGGGCUGGCCAUUGGCGGGGGAACUUGCCCCCGCUUGUUGUGCCGUCGGUGGAGGCCGACGGAGCCAUGCAGAACGCCUGCGGGCCUCCGAUCCUAUCUCCGAUUGGCCCGUCCAGCCCACUCGGAAGCGAAGCUUUGCGAAGGUUCAGAUAAGCCCUCUAGUACGGAGUACUAUCUAGUGGGUUGCGGUUGCUCCCUCCACAUCCUUAUCGCUGCACUGUACGCACACCGAUCGUUAUCAUGGCCACGAGUUGGCCACCGAGGAUUGGCCAAAGGUGGACCUGAGCAUCCAUUGUGGUCACCUGCGUACCGAUCAGACCGUUGCUAAUUUGAGUCUGGUUCGGUCCGGGGUGAUGCGCAUAUCUUGGC